CUCUUCCGGGUGACUGGCAGAUCGGCGGGAAGCAGCAGCUAGCCGGGAACCGUUAUCAGUGGCGGCAAUAACAAGCGAGGCUUCAAUUCACUUCCAGUGCAAAGAAGAUUAUUGCAGUUGCAUUGCCGGGUCCGAUCCGCCCAGUUGUCCACGUGUGAGUGCGGAUGAUUGUGCACUAGAUUUCAUACAAAGUGUGAGGUGUUUACCUCAAGUCCAGAAAGUCAAGUCCGAACGCAGCGAUGACGGGAACAGCGGCAGUGCUGCUUAACAUUACGAUUCCCACCAAGGCGGAGGAGGAGCGCCUGAAGAAGGUGUACGUCCAGGUGGUCAAUGGGGAGGUGGCCACGUCCAUGGGUACCGCCAGCAGAGUCUCGACCAUUGAAAGCUUGUCGACCAUUCGGAUCGGGGAAUCCCCGGAACUGCAGAGCCACAAAGUCCAGAAAACCCCGCCAAAGAUCCAAAUUCAGACGUCCCACGAUCAGCUGCUCGACAUCCCACUGGACACGGACCAGGAGCAGGUGGUGCGCCAGAUCCUGCGUAAAUUUCACAUUCCCAAUGCCGUUUGGCUGCCCAGCCUGGAGGGGAAUGCCCACCACAUCAGUUUCUCCAUGGACUUUGACGAGCGCUACGAGAAUCUGUACGAGGCUCUGCAGGAGUUUGGCAUCGGCGAUCGGGAGGGCUCUGCGGUAUCCGUGGUCAGCUGCCUGGCCCACCGAUCCUACGUUCAGCGCGAGGAUAUGGAGGAGCAGGAGGACCAGCCCUCUAGCACAGAAUACCUCAAUGCCCAGAAGCAGGGAAUCUGGGAUCGGUUCAUGAACUCGGUGCGCUCCCGAUUGAAUGUGGCCCAGAUCGUGAGGGAUGUGCGCCAGGAUGCGGCUAUCACCUUCGACUUUUGCAUACUCCUCGUAUCGGCGGCAGUUCUGGCGAGCUUUGGCCUGGUGGAGAAUAGCACGAUUUUCCUUGCCUCCAGCAUGCUCAUUUCCCCGCUCAUGGGUCCCAUAAUCGCGGCCAUAUUCGGAACUGUGAUCCAGGACCGAUCGCUCCGCAGGCUGGGCAUGCUGAACGAGCUGAUUGGCAUUCUGAGCGCCACUCUGGUGGGCUUCCUCUUCGGCCUGGUUGUCUGCACCACGGAUCGCAAGUACGGGAUCGGCGAGGGGCUGACGGAGGAGAUGCUAUCUCGCUGCGAUCUGCACUCCCUCAUCGUUGGGGUAUUCACGGCCAUCCCGUCGGGAGCGGCGGCUGCCAUAGGAAUCCUGGGCGGCAACAUUGGCUCCUUGGUUGGCGUGGCCAUAUCGGCCUCGCUGCUGCCACCUGCGGUUAACUCGGGUCUGCUGUGGGCAGUUGCCUGCAUCUACAAGUUCUUCGAGAACGACGAUUCCCUCUACGUGGAUGUGAUUAAGUCGCGCCGCUACUCGGACAACCAGGCCAAGGAACUGGCCGUGCUCGGCGGCAUCAGCAUGUGCUUAACUCUGUCCAACGUCCUGUGCGUCUAUCUCAUGGGCAUCCUGGUGCUGAAAGUCAAGGAGAUCGCCCCGGUGAUUGGCCGCAAAAACCGGCAGUUCUGGAAGCACGACAUAAAGCUGGCGCGUCAUGGAAAAGUGGAGACGGAGUCGGAGAUUCUCAACGAGCUAAUAGCCAACCUGGCCACCGAAGACAAACACGCGCUGGGCUCCCUCAACCGUCAGUUCCUGCGCCACCUGGACGAGUCGCACUACCAGCACACUUGGUCGCCGCUCAGCAACCGACACAGUUUCUCAAUGCCACAACCGCCUGGAGCCGGCAUCUCCACCAUCCACCGCCUGGAACAAUUGUACGCGUCGAGAAUUGGUACUAGUCAAGCACCAGCAGAACGCCGCCAACGGCACAGUGUAGUGAGCAGGCCCUCGCAAAGGAGCCACGAGGUCUCCGUCCAGUUGAGUCCUCCCCAACCACGUCCACGUUUUGCGAGCAUGCCAUCACAAGUGAAGGAAGCAAGGGACGAGCCAGCGAGGGAAGCAGCCAACCAAGUGACCAGCUCCAAGAGGUUUACAGUCACACCAGCUCGAGUUGAUGAGCAGCCCUAGAAUGUUUUCAAGUCCAUUUGGGUUUUCACUCUCACAGAUUGUGUAUAAUAUUAAAUAAUGUUAGUGUCAAUUUUGUAAACUUAA